AUGAGUACUGAUGGUACUGACAGUACUGAUAGAGAAUCAGACAGCACAACAGAAUCUACUGUGAGCAAAGAGCCUGAACGUGAUCCUGAUAAUAUUAGUGACAACUUGACCGUACCAACUAAUUCUGGAUUAGUUCAGGGUUUCCAAUGGCAGGAGAAUGAAAAUAUAAUCGGCUACUACGAUAUUCCAUAUGGGACUUUUAAUCAUCCAUUUCAGUCAGCAAUCGCAGCAGAGAAAUGGCAAAAUAUUCAUGAAGUGCAAGAACACGAAAAACGUUGUCCACAACUAGAAAACGAAGAAUACGUUGGCGAUACGGACUGCCUCACUUUAAGCAUAUUUAAACCACUGAACGCUGAGAACGCCAGUGUUCUGUUUCACAUUCACGCCGAAAAUUUUGAUUCUGGAAGCGGCGAUCCGUCCAUAUACGGGCCAGAUUAUCUAGUUACUAAAGAAAUCAUUUUAGUCCUGCCGAAUUAUAGACUCGGUCCUCUUGGAUUCCUUUGUAUGCAAAAUGAAACAGCGCCUGGAAAUAUGGCUUUAAAAGAUUUGAGCUUGGCGUUAAACUGGACUCGUGAUAAUAUUAAAGCUUUUGGUGGGGAUCCCAAUAACAUAGCUGUGAGUGGUGAAGGGCAAUCUGGGGCGUUAGCUGGAUUACUGGCUUUGUACCCGAUGUCUAAGGAAAACGUAAAGAAAGUUAUCACAGAAAGCGGUUCCUUGCUUGCCUAUUGGGCCUUGGACAGGGAUCCAACUACAACAGCUGCGAACUUCUUGGAACGAUUAACCGAAAUCAAUAAUGUAUCAGCAGAAAAUUUGUCACUAGAGAAUCUUAAUAUGAGUACAAUUUUGACAGCUGCCAAGGAUAUAGAAUUUAGGCCUUGUGUAGAAACCGUGGACGAAAACUCAUUUAUGACAACAACUCCGUACGCCACAUUAUCGAAUAACAAGAUUGACAUUUCAUUUCUAAUCGGUUCUACGAUGUUUGCCGGUGCUCAUCAGGCAAUAUAUCAGACAGACAGUAGUAUAGCGAAACUUAACGAAGACUCCACACAUUUGCUACCAAACGAUUUACAAUUUUCUUCUUCAUCCUUAAAACAAGAAACAGGACAGAGGGUUAAAAUGCAAUAUUUCGGUGAAGAAAUUAUCCAGUUAAGCGACCAGCACAAUCUAUCACUUUGCUUUACAGAUAUCAGAUACUUAGGCCCAUCGAUCCGUACUGCUAGACGUCUGGUAGCAGCAGGUGCAACUGUAUUUUUUUACGAAUUCGCAUUUGCUGGACAAUUAAACAGAGUGCUAGAUUCGAUUGGUAAUCCAGUCGGAGGCGCCGUGAGAGGAGACAUUAUAGGAUACCUAUUCACCCAAGAUGGGGUUCCGUGUAAAGAAGAACUUAUUGCUGAAUGCAAUAUAGUAGGAAAUUUGACUGAAAUGUUGACAAAUUUUUUGAAUUCUGGAUCGCCAUCAACGGAUGCUGUUACAUGGAACAAGCUAGAAAAGGUAAAAGAGCUCGAAGAAGAAUGGCUCCUGAUCGACACCGAUAUAAAAAUGCAGAAGGGUCUCCACCCGAAUCGUUUGGCUCUUUGGACGAAGAUCUAUGAGGACCACUUCAUUGAGAGGAAUGGCAGUCGGGAUAUAUCACCAGUAGCUUAUAUCAUUAUUGUAUUUCAGUGUUUAUUCUUUCUAACAUUCUGCACAACUGUAUCUCACAUCGUGUAA